CUAAAAGAAUGUCGCCGUACUUUAAAACAGUUGACGAUAACAUGAAAAACUUACGCGCAUACGAAGUUAUUUCCCUUGAACGAAGAUAGGAAAAGAUAAUCGAAAAAUUGGGAAAUUGCGUGCAACGUUAUAUUAAUAAACGAAUUUUGUGAUUAUUCGAAUCGAAAUUUAUUUUCGCUUUGCGAUUUAUUGUGUUGGAAAUAUCAGCGUUAAGUGGUGUGGCAAUUCUUCUCACUGAUUCUAUUAUUCUACGUUAGAAAAAUAUGCCAGAAAACGUGUUGAAUGGAGAUCAUGUGGAUGUAAAGGGUACAAAUUGUGAAGUUCAAGAUAAUGACGAUGUUAAUACAGAAAACGAUGUACAUUUUGAACCGAUCAUAUCUUUACCUCUAAUAGAGGUUUCCAAUAAUGAAGAAGAUGAAGUUGAGAUGAUUAAAUUAAGAGCUAAACUAUAUCGUUAUGACUCUACAAGUAGUCCACCAGAAUGGAAAGAACGUGGUACUGGAGAAGUGAAACUGUUAAGACAUAAGACCAAAAAUACAGUCAGAGUAGUAAUGCGCAGAGACAAGACAUUGAAAAUAUGUGCUAAUCAUUUUGUUACUCCUUGGAUGGAAUUAAAACCAAACUGUGGCAGCGACAGAGCUUGGGUUUGGAGUGUUCUUGCUGAUUUUGCAGAUGAACAACUUAAACCAGAAUUACUUGCAAUACGUUUUGCGAAUGCUGAAAAUGCAUCAUUAUGGAAAGAUGCCUUUGAAAAGGCAAAAGCUGUAGUGGGAUCUGAAUGUGAAAUUUAUGCUGGUAAAAGCAAUCCAGAAGUUAAGCAAGUCGAUAGUGAUAGUGAAUCCUGCAGUGAUGUAAGCUACAGUGAGAGUACUGACAAUGAAGAACAAACAAACAAAGUUAGCAAAGAGGUUUCUAAAGAUUCAGUGGAAAAAGUAAAAAUUAUAGAAAAUACAGAGGAAGUAACCAAAGGACUUGAAAACUUAGAAGUGCAUGAUAAUUCAAAAAAUUAAUAAACACAUAUAAUAAUAAUGAACUUUCAAUAGUGCAAGGGAAAAGUGAAGUUAAUAUCCAUGGCACAUUCCAAGCAAUAUGCAAUAAUUGUGUAAACAUGUACAUACAUAUAUAUGUACAUGUAUGCAUUCAAAUAAUAUUCUACCAAUGCUUAAAAGAUUUACAAAUGAUUUUAUAGAAAAAUUUUUAGCAAUGUCAUUCGAUACAAACUAAAGUAUAUUUUCACUUUAUUAAAAUAAGGCGUUGUUUAUAUAAACGUUAUAUGUCGCGAUUUUUUUAAUCAAGAGUAAAUGAAAGUUCGAUAGCAUUUAUACUAAAAGAUGUUUAUCGAUACAAAUCUGAAUAAAUGUGUGAAAAUUACAUCAAUUUGUAAACUUCGCAUUUACAUAUAAUAGAAGUGAAAUUUUGUUUUGUAGCAGUCCUUUGUUGAGAGAUAUUUUAUGUAUUACUACUUUUACUAUAAUUUGACCUUAACAUUAAAGUUAAUAAAUAUAUGGAA